AUGGGACACGCAUAUGAGAAACAGUGCUAUCAGCUAAAGAAUGCAGAUGCUUACAGAGACAAACAGCAGGUCAUUGAGGAGUUGCUGGCCUUGUGGCCGGUGCUCGGGGCUGUGGCCUGGCAGUCGCCUGCCCUACCGAGCAUCACGGAUAAGGCAUUCGUGGAGGACUGCGUGUGUGUCCACAAUGACCUCCGCACCAAAGUCCAUCCGGCUGCCAGCAACAUGCGGUACAUGACUUGGGAUGCAGCUUUGGCAAGGACUGCAAGGGCAUGGGCAAAUAAAUGCAUUUUUGAACAUAAUGUAUACUUACUUCAGAAAUGUACUAAGGUUUGCGGUCAUUACAUUCAGGUUGUUUGGGAUGAUUCAUAUAAAAUAGGCUGUGCUGUUACUCUGUGUAAGGAAGUUGCAGGAAUACGAAACGCAGCAAAUUUUAUCUGCAACUAUUCACCAGGCAAACCUGGGCCACUACUGGGGAGGUCAGUUAGUCUGAACUAA